GGGAGGACGCACGGCGCUGCGUUGUUCCGCCCUUCGCGCUCCUGGUCUUGGCCGAGCUAGCAGAGCCGGGGUGUUCGGCCAAGUGGGGGCAGCUUCAGGCGCGCCGCCGAACCGAUCCGCUGAGCCUGUUGCCGCCGCCGCCGCCGCCGCCACCGCCACGCCCCGUGCGCCGUGACCCGCGACCCCAGACCCCGACCUCUUUUAGAUCGGCCCGCGCGCCCCAGGCCCGGCCCGGGCGGCGCGACGGGAGGAUGAGCGGCGGGCGGCGGAAAGAGGAGCCGCCUCAGCCGCAGCUGGCUAACGGGGCCCUCAAAGUCUCCGUCUGGAGCAAGGUGCUGCGGAGCGACGCGGCCUGGGAGGACAAGGAUGAAUUUUUAGAUGUGAUCUACUGGUUCCGACAGAUCAUUGCUGUGGUCCUAGGUGUCAUUUGGGGAGUGUUACCAUUGCGAGGUUUCUUGGGAAUAGCAGGAUUCUGCCUGAUCAAUGCAGGUGUCCUGUACCUCUACUUCAGCAACUACCUACAGAUAGAUGAGGAAGAGUAUGGCGGCACGUGGGAGCUCACAAAGGAAGGGUUUAUGACAUCGUUUGCCUUGUUCAUGGUCAUUUGGAUCAUCUUUUACACUGCCAUCCACUAUGACUGACGGUGCACAGUCCCCACCUGCUCCCUGUCCGGUCCAAAGGACCCUCUUAGUUACACCACAGAAACACGAUUGUUGGGGGGCACCCCAGCCACGCGGAACCUGGAAGACCCGUGUUUCCUGGACCGAGAAUCAGUGUGUUGGGCGUCA